AUGCGGCAGCCCCAGGCCACGAGGUCCGGGGCUGCCUGGGGCCGCUCUGGGUCCCUGGGGAGAAGUAACCCUGAGACCUCCGGGCCAGCACAGGCCAAAGCAAACAGUGAGCACAUGUCCCCAGCGCAGCCUCUGGACCUCAGGGCAGCUCCUUUAUCCCUCGGCCUCAGUUUGCUCAUGGUUUCCUACUCUGUUGGAACCUUGGGGACUCACACCGAGAUCAAGAGAGUGGCAGAAGAAAAGGUCACUUUGCCCUGUCACCAUCAACUGGGGCUUCCAGAAAAAGAUACCCUGGAUAUCGAAUGGCUGCUCACCGAUAAUGAAGGGAACCAAAAAGUGGUGAUCACUUACUCCAGCCGUCAUGUCUACAGUAACUUGACUGAGGAGCAGAAGGGCCGAGUGGCCUUUGCUUCCAAUUUCCUGGCAGGAGAUGCUUCCCUGCAGAUUGAGCCUCUGAAGCCCAGUGAUGAGGGCCGCUACAGCUGCAAAGUGAAGAAUUCAGGGCGCUAUGUGUGGAGCCAUGUCAUCUUAAAAGUCUUAGUGAGACCAUCAAAGCCCAAAUGCGAGUUGGAAGGAGAGCUGACAGAAGGAAGUGACGUGGCUCUGCAGUGUGAGUCAGCCUCUGGCACAAAGCCCAUCAUGUAUUACUGGCAGCGAAUCCGGGAGAAGGAGGGAGAGGAUGAACAUCUCCCCCCCAAGUCCAGGAUUGACUACAAUAACCCUGGACGUGUUCUGCUUCACAAUCUCACCAUGGCGUCCUCUGGGCUCUACCAGUGCACAGCGGGCAAUGAGGCUGGGAAGGAGAGCUGUGUGGUGCGAGUGACUGUACAGUAUGUACAAAGCAUCGGCAUGGUUGCAGGAGCAGUGACAGGCAUGGUGGCUGGAGCUCUGCUGAUUUUCCUCUUGGUAUGGCUGCUGAUCCGAAGGAAAGACAAAGAGAGAUAUGAGGAAGAAGAGAGACCUAAUGAAAUUCGGGAGGAUGCGGAAGCCCCCAAAGCCCGCCUCGUGAAACCUAGUUCCUCCUCCUCAGGCUCUCGGAGCUCACGCUCCGGUUCUUCCUCCACCCGCUCCACAGCAAAUAGUGCCUCACGCAGCCAGCGGACACUGUCAACUGAAGCGGCGCCCCAGCCAGGGCUGGCCACCCAUGCCUACAGCCUAGUGGGGCCGGAGGGGAGGGGUUCUGAACCAAAGAAAGUCCACCAUGCUACCCUGACCAAAGGAACCACACCCAGCAUGAUCCCCAGCCAGAGCAGAGCCUUCUGAACCGCCUGAAUUAGAGUGGACUUGACUCCCAUGCUUUCCCGGGAGUCAGGAUCUUAGGACUCUUCGUCACCGAAGCUCAGUCACCAGCCACACGACCCCUUCGAACCAGAUGACAGGCCAUUUCAGUAGCAGUGAGCAUUGCAUGGAACAGAUUCAAAUGAGCACUUUCUUUAUAUGACACCAAACAGGAAAAAGGAUGUAAACUGAUCAUCUUCCAAAAGGCAUCUCAUGGUGCCUUGAGACCAGAGUGGGGAAAAGCGGGGGUCCAAAUCUGUGUGUUUGUUGACCAGGACCUGUGGUGGAAAAGAUUGGGGAAAGGGGAACUGAACACACUUAAAACUUCUCACCUGAGAUAUUUUGUAUCAGUACUUCCGCUCAACGUUGUCAAGAAGAAAUGAGAUGUUGUUCAUAAAUUUUCUAUGCAUUUCUGCAAA